UAUAGUCAAUAUCCAAUACCAUCACCAAAUAUGGUCAAAUUAAGUGGAGGUUUACAGGAAGUUUCAAAUUCUAUAUGGCACUACUAUUUACAAAAUCAACAAUCUGAAGAAACAUAUCAACGAAAGAUUUUAUUAAGAAAAUGUUUGUAUGCGGUGCUUCAGGGAGUUUUUCCUUAUUGUGGCUUAUAUAUUGUUGGGUCAUCCAUGAAUGGAUUUGGAACUCUAAAAAGUGACAUGGAUCUGUGUCUAAUGGUAUCCAACAAAAUGGUGGACCAGAAAAAAGAAGCCACUGAAAUUUUGUUCAAUAUUCAUAAAGCUUUGAGAAAGUGUUCAUUCAUUUCUCAAGCCAGUGUUAUACGUGCCAAAGUUCCGAUAAUGAAGUUCAAAGACAAGAUUAGUAAUGUAGAUUGUGAUUUGAAUAUUAAUAACUCAGUUGGGAUACGAAAUACUCAUCUAUUAAAGUAUUAUGCCUCUAUAGAUUGGAGAGUUCGGCCACUGAUGAUAUUUAUCAAGCACUGGGCACGAUUCCAUGACAUCAAUGAUGCUCGAAAGACAACAAUAUCAAGCUAUUCAUUUGGGUUAAUGUUAAUUCAUUAUUUACAAGAUGGGUGUGAACCCAAGGUGUUGCCAUCCUUACACAAACUUCACCCAGAAAUGUUUUCCUCUACUUCUGACAUCAGACAAUUAAAACUUAACGAAAAUCUCAAAUUUGAAACGAAAAACAAUCAGUCUUUGGGAGAAUUAUUCCUGGGAUUUUUAGAUUACUAUAGUAACAAGUUUGAUUAUGAGACAUAUGCUAUAAGUGUUCGAUUGGGAACCAAAUUACCAAAGAGAAUAAUUGCUCAACAAACAGACAAUAUUAGACAGUGGAAAUAUCUGUGUAUAGAAGAACCAUUUGAUUUGUCAAACACAGCAAGAGCUGUUUAUGAUGACUAUGCCUUUAUCAGAAUCAGAAGAGUGUUUCGUGUCAGUUUUCAUAAACUCAAUCAAAAAAGAGAUGUGAGUGCCAUUUUG